CACCAGCAACCAAACAGACUGAAAAGGUAUAUCAUUCACUCUUAAACCCUAAUAUCACCCUCUCUCGCGCACACAGCCAAUUUGCUCCGUCUCAGACUCGAAACGCAUCGGCGCCAAAGAGAGACCAAAGUGAAAACCUGAAACACAACCUCUCUCACAUUCAAAGACAAUGGCGGACACCAAGGCAGUGACGAUUCGGACGAGGAAGUUCAUGACCAAUAGGCUUCUGUCCAGGAAGCAAUUCGUCAUUGAUGUUUUGCACCCUGGUAGGCCUAAUGUUUCAAAGGCUGAGCUGAAAGAGAAAUUGUCAAAGAUGUAUGAGGUGAAAGACUCAAAUUCCAUUUUUGUAUUCAAGUUCCGUACACAUUUUGGAGGAGGGAAGUCAACUGGGUUUGGGCUGAUUUAUGAUUCAGUUGAGAAUGCAAAGAAGUAUGAGCCCAAGUACAGGCUUAUCAGGAAUGGACUGGAUACCAAGGUAGAAAAGUCAAGGAAGCAGAUGAAGGAAAGGAAAAACAGGGCAAAGAAGAUCCGAGGUGUAAAGAAGACUAAGGCUAGUGAUGCUGCCAAGGCCAAGAAGAAGUGAGGUUAUUAAGAUUGUGUGCCAUUUCGUCAGUAAUACCAUAGAGCUGGAUCGCCAGAGGAUGUGUCUUCUAUUUCUUUUAUUAGCUAUAAUCUUAAGCUUUUGACUUUAUUUUUGAGGUGUAAUGUGCUCUGAUUGUGGGACUGCUAAACCUGUUUAUUUAGCACGUGAGAGAUCGUUAAAUCAAUUGGAAUGAAGUUUACAUUUUGUUAA